AUGCCUUCUACCUCGUCGUUUAUACCCUUGAUUGGCUGGUUCUACACGUGUAUGAUAUUGUUAAUAUCAUUAUCCACCCUUCUGUCAUCCGUUAUAAUCUACAUUCAGAAGCAGGGAAUAUUGGGGAAACCGCCAAGGAAUGAAGUGAUGCGAUACGCGAGAGUUGUCGGGAGAUUCGUCCGGAUGGAACUUCCGCUUUUAAUGCGUCAAGCCUACGCACAGAAGGAGGAUCGCCUGCGGAAAACGCAACGUGCCCGUAAAGAGACAAUGUGGCAGAAAGUAUACAAACUGUCCAAGUCGCACUCGCAGCCGAAACAUCUCAAUAAGCUGGGCGAUGAAGAAAAUGGAGAGCUACCACAAGAAAAGCCAAGGAAAGGCAUCAACAUCAGCCAAGAAGUCCUCAAAAUAAACGGUACAAACGGAGUGCCAGAAUAUACUCCAAUGGGGGAUGUUGAUCAGGAUGAUGAUACUGGAUAUAUUGAUGGAAUGGAAGAUGUGGAUCUCCCUCCCUCAAAAUUCCUCCACAAAACGAGCACAUCCCAGUCGAUUGACAGUGCGCUGAGACUAGGCGUCAAUCUGGAACCGGCUGCCCCGCGCACACCACGGAAUUUAGCGGAGUUGGAGUACGACUGGCUGGCGGCUGUGGUUGAGCGGGUGUGCCUGAUCGUGUUCACGUUCUGCUGGGUGUUGAUGACAUUCGGCAUCAACUCGAUUGGUGUCUAUUAUUGGGCAUCUGCUCGUGUCACU